AUGGAUGACUCAUCAGAAAAUACGCUUCAUGAGAACAAACGCUUUCUGUUAGCUCUUCCAACGCCUAAGAGAUUAAGUUCACCUACAAAUUCAUUCAAUCGCUAUCGACGCCCUAUGAGUGAAUAUUGGAGUGAACCAUAUAAUGAUUAUUGGAAUCCAAACACUGAUGAAUUUUAUGGAGAAGAUAAACGAUUUCUAUUGGGGUUACCUUCGAAAUCUGUGGAUAAACGUUUCCUACUCGGUUUGCCAUCAUCAUACAGACAUCAGAAAAGAUUCUUUUUAGGCCUACCGUCACCACCAAGUAGAUAUACUUCUAAAUGA